AACCCCAUAUUCGUUUGUAAGAACCUCACUGUAAACCUCACUAUAGUCGACUGCAACGACAGCGCCGCCCGGAUCCUCCGCGUCGCCCAGAAUGAACGCAGCACCCGAAUCUUCGGCCAAUCACCAGUCGUCUUCUCGCCGCCCGUGCAACCCGAGGGAAUCCUAUCCGCAGUAGCAAGCGAGCAGCGCUGGCUGGAUAUAGCUACGAGCAAUGGCCGCCCGUUCCGGUUCCCCUGGGUGCACAUGUCAAUCGACGGUCAGAUGUUUCUCGUGGAGGUGAUGGCGAUGGUGCUAGUGGACGGCCCAGAUACAUUCCACAUCACCAUGUGGAAACAGUACCUCAACUCCUCGUCUCUUACCCGCGAGUUGCGGCUCGCCGCCCGCGCGAAACGGGCAGCCGAGAGGUCUCGAGUUCAAUUCCUGGCGAACAUGAGUCAUGAGCUGAGGACACCUAUUAAUGGCGUGUUGGGGUAUGCACAGCUGAUGAUGCAGACACAGCUUGAUCCGGAGCAGCAGUCUUAUCUGCAGAGUAUAUACGAGUCGGGAGAAGUGCUGCUGGGAACGGUUUCUCAGGUGUUGGAGAUGAGUCAGCUGCAGAAGCGGGAGGUGGUGCCAAGGCAGGUGCGGUUUGAUCUGCACAGGGCUAUUGGGGAGGCGGCUGGCAGCAUGCGGCCUCUGGCGCACAGGAAAGGGCUGCAGGUGGGUGCUGCUGGGUGCAGGGCGAUUGGGGAGGCGACUGGGAGCAUGCGGCCUCUGGCGCACAGGAAGGGGUUGCAGGUGGGUGCUGAUGGGUGCUGCUCAGUGCUGUUCGGGAUCAGCAUGGACAGGGCAGUGCCGCACGCAGUGCUGGGGGACCCAUCCAUGCUCCAUGUUGCCAUCCGCCCCAUGCUUCAUGCCCUCGUUCCCAUGCAUCUCCCUCUCCCUCCCCUUCCCCCUCCCCAGUUCGGGAUCAGUAUGGACAGGGCAGUACCACACGCAGUGCUGGGGGACCCAUCCAUGCUGCGGCAGCUGCUGCUGCAUCUGCUCUCCAACGCCCUCAAGUUCACCCACCAGGCACCGUGCAGCUCACCGUUCGCGUGCUGGCCCCUCCUGGCGCUGCUGCUGGUUUCUGCUGCCGGUGCUGAUUCUCUCGCUUCUUCCCUCUUCUCCCGUUUCGGGAUAAGCAUGGACAGGGCAGUGCCGCACGCGGUCCUGGGUGACCCAUCCAUGCUGCGGCAGCUGCUGCUGCAUCUGCUCUCCAACGCCCUCAAGUUCACCCACCAAGGCACCGUGCAGCUCACCAUUCGCGUGCUGGCCCCUCCUGGCGCUGCUGCUGGUUCUGCUGCCGGUGCUGAUUCUCUCGCUUCUUCCCUCUUCUCCCGUGUACCCCCCUCCCUUUGGCAGUUCGGGAUAAGCAUGGACAGGGCAGUGCCGCACGCGGUCUUGGGUGACCCAUCCAUGCUGCGGCAGCUGCUGCUGCAUCUGCUCUCCAACGCCCUCAAGUUCACCCACCAAGGCACCGUGCAGCUCACUGUGCACGUGCUGGCCCCUCCUGGCGCUGCUGCUGGUGCCGCUGGUGCUGCUGGUACUGCUGGUUCUGGUGGGGGAGUGGGGGCGGGAGGGAAGCAGAGGGGUGUGGGUCGAAGGGUGUCGCAGGUUAUGGGCAAUGCAGGGGAAGGGCUACAAGGGGGCUUAGUGGGGAGAGAGUUGCAAGAGCAGGAGGGUAAACAGGAGCAGCAGCAGGCGGAGCAGGUGCAGGAACAGGAGCAGCAGGAGGAGGAGGCCUGUUCUGCUGCUGACUCUCAGGCGGUGUGGGGGAGGAGUGAAGGGGAGCAAGUGGGAGGGAGAGUGGACCUCGAAUCAUGA